AUGAAGGACAGGCGUGAAGGGCGAGAAGGACGCACGUCGAUCAAUGACAAGGCGAUGUGGACGCGGAGCGUGAGGGUGACGGCGGUGAAACCGCUCAAUGAGUUCGUUGUCGUCGGAGGGCUGAUCGCGCGCGAACGGAGGCGCGCCAGUGACAUGCUCGUGGCAGGCGCGAACUUGUGGCGUGCGGGGCGAGAAGACGAGAAGACGGCGCAGACCGGCUUGAAGGAUGGGGCACAUGGUCGUGAAGCGGACGGCCGUAAAGGACAAGGCAGACGGUCGGCGAGAAGGACGGUGCAGACGGCCGUGCAGGUGGAGGCAGACGGUCGUGUAGCAGACGGGCGUGAAGAGAUGGGCAUGAAGCAGACGGCUGUGAAGGAAGCAGACGAAGCAGACGGCCGUGAAGCAGAUGAGCGUGAAGAGAUGGGCGUGGACGGUGUAGAUGGGCGUGCAGGGGGAGAAGGACGGCGCAGACGGGGGAGAAGGACAAGGAGAAAGGGCGAGAAGGACAAGGCGGACGGCCGUGAAGGGCGUGCAAGAUGGGGCAGAUGGGUGUGGAGGACGGGGCAAACAGGCGUGAAGGGCGUGAAGGAAGGGCCAGACGGGCGUGAAGGACAAGAUAGGUGGACGAGCACAAUGGGGCCUGUCAUUUCCUGCUCAUUCGCUGGUGAGACGGACAGUGAGACGGACGGUGAGACGGACGGUGAGACGGAUGGCGAGAAGGAUGGACAGUAUGACGAGAGGAUUAGACAGGCGAGACGGACGAGCAGCAUUGCCAGUAUAGACCGGCGACUAGGACGAGCAGAAUGGCGAGGAUCGACGGGCGAGGGGAGGCGCAAGAUCGACGGAGUAGACGGAUGA